CAGAGCCUCGCGGAUCAUCCGGUUCCUUCCCCUUGAGAAGAUGGCGAGCGGCGUCCAUUUCGCGCACUCCCUGCGAAACCAGAGCGGGUUGCCGAGUUAUGAGCAGCUGAAGGAGGAGAGAGAUCUGGCAAUCGCCGAGACUCUCGGGGCGCCGGAUGGGGCCACGGUGAUCCGCGUGCCCUCGCCGCAGGUCUAUGUGACGCCACCACGUGACCAUAUCCUUUGGUCCCUCUGCACCGCGAUAUACUUCAACGUUUUCUGCCUUGGGUUUUUUGCCUUGGUUUUUUCUGUUAAGGCCAGAGAUCGCAAAGUGGUCGGGGACUACAGUGGAGCUGCCAGUUACGGUUCUACUGCCAAGUGUUUGAACAUUGUUGCCCUCCUGCUGAAUCUCCUGGGCGUUGUUAUUGUCAUCAUCGUUGUUGCAAUACUGAUUAAUGCUGGCAACCAACAACUGCCCUUCCCUCACUGAACCAUGCCGCAGCGUAAUUUCCUUUUGAAGACAACCCAUCUCCUGGCCUUGAUAUAAGAGCUUCUGCUCCUACUUGGGGGUUGACCAUCUCCCUCCACUCCUAAUCCUAAUGUGUAAUGUAUGGCCAAAAAGCAGCCCUUGCUUUGAGACGCUAGUACAGUAUUUGCAACAAUGGCUGUCUUGCCAUUGCCAAGAUGGAAGUGGUCAAGAAUCCAUUUCAAGAGCUGGAAUGUAUGAUUGCAUUACUGAAGUAUGAUUUCAGGCUGCUUUUUAGAUACUAUACGUGGCCUUGCUGCCUUUUCUGCACUCUUUACUUAUUUUUCUACUGGUUAUAUCCAGGCUGCUUUUUCUUCAAUUGAACAUUACUAAUCUGGAAGGCCCAUGGUGUCGCCUGGGGGAAGGAAUCACUCUCUGAAAGGAUGCAGAAGAAUCAGGUGGCAUUGUUUUCUUUCUGCUCCAGACACAGGCUGGGGUGGGGUUUCCUAUAUUUUUCUAUGACUUUUGUAAUAGGAAAUGCCUGUAGAGCUUGGUAUGGUCUAUUCUAAAACAUUUUGUUCAUUUUUAAAAUAAAUUGGUUUUGAGCAUG